GUUUUAGUCGAUUUUUAUAAUACACCCCUAAGCAGCCAUCUCUUUGAUAUUUCUUUCCGAGUGUUCUGUCAUUUCGGUUCGCUGAGGCGGGCAUUAAAUCCUAGCCAUGGUGCGAAUGAAUGUAUUGAGUGAUGCCCUCAAAUCAAUCCACAAUGCCGAGAAGCGCGGCAAAAGGCAAGUGCUAAUCCGGCCUUGUUCCAAAGUUAUCGUCAAGUUUUUGACUGUGAUGAUGAAGCACGGAUACAUUGGCGAGUUUGAAAUCGUCGAUGAUCACAGAGCUGGAAAGAUUGUUGUAAAUCUGACCGGCAGACUGAACAAAUGUGGAGUUAUUUCACCCCGCUUCGACGUUCCCAUCAAUGACAUUGAGAGGUGGACUAAUCUACUACCGUCACGACAGUUCGGCUACCUGGUCCUCACAACCAGUGGUGGAAUUAUGGACCAUGAAGAAGCCAGAAGGAAACAUCUUGGAGGAAAGAUCCUAGGCUUCUUUUUCUAAGUUUACUCAAUAUAAAUGAAAAUCUA